AUGUAUAAAACAACAAAUAAUUCCUCUGAAAAUCAACAACAACACCAUCAUCCACCAACACCACCACCACCUCAUCAUUCAUCAUCAACACAUGUCUUACAAUCACAACAAGCUUUAUCAGAAGAAAUGGUUGCUCGUUAUUUAGCUCGUAAACCAAAUUUUCUUAAACGUUGGUUUAAAGAUAAUGCACCAAAUGAUUUAUUACAAGAAUGUAUAAAAAUUAAAGAACAAAAAGAAUAUUUAGCUAAACCACGUACAUCAUUAACACAUGAAAUGUUUAAUAAUAUUGUUCAAGGUCAUCAUUCAAAUCGUGAUUCAUCGACAUCAUCAACACAAAUUGUUGAUUAUAUGAGUUUAGAUGAACAUGAACUAUUUUUUGAACUUAUACGUGAUAUUGCCAAUGAAUUAAAUGUUGAUGUUGUUUGCCAUAAAAUUUUAACAAAUGUAUCAAUAUUAACAAAUUCAGAUCGUGGAAGUUUAUUUUUAGCACGUGGUCCAAAAGAUUCACGAUAUCUUAUAUCAAAAUUAUUUGAUGUUACAGCUGGUUCAACACUUGAACAAUCACUUCAUAAAGAAGAUCAACAAAUUAUUAUACCAUUCGGGAAAGGUAUUGCUGGUCAUGUUGCAUUAACAAGAGAAUAUAUCAAUAUUCCAGAUGCUUAUGAAGUAAGUCUAUUUUAA